GUCCAUUUAUGGGCGCAGCAAGGGCAGAUAUCAGCGUCGAUGGCAUUCGCUCCUGCUAUUCUUAGGAGCCUGCCGGCAGAGCUGUACAGUCCGGCAGGGAGGGAGAGACGCAGCAGAGGCGGCCGCUGUUAGCGCCAGCAUGUCUUACAGCGUGACCCUGACCGGGCCCGGGCCCUGGGGCUUCCGGCUGCAGGGGGGCAAGGACUUCAACAUGCCCCUCACCAUCUCUCGGAUCACCCCCGGCAGCAAGGCAGCGCAGUCCCAGCUCAGCCAGGGGGACCUGGUGGUGGCCAUUGAUGGUGUCAGCACAGAUACCAUGACCCACCUGGAGGCCCAGAACAAGAUCAAGUCUGCCAGCUACAACCUGAGCCUCACCCUGCAGAAGUCCAAGCGUCCCAUUACCAUCUCCACAGCAGCACCCCCGAUCCAGUCCCCGCUGCCAGUGAUCCCCCACCAGAAGGUGGUAGCCAACUCUCCAGCCAAUGCUGACUACCAGGAGCGCUUCAACCCUAGCGCACUGAAGGACUCGGCCCUGUCCACCCACAAGCCCAUCGAGGUGAAGGGGCUGGGCGGCAAGGCCACCAUCAUCCACGCGCAGUACAACACACCCAUCAGCAUGUACUCGCAGGACGCCAUCAUGGACGCCAUUGCUGGCCAGGCCCAGGCACAGGGCAGUGACUUCAGCGGGGCGUCGCCGCUGGCGAGCCUCCCCGUGAAAGACCUGGCUGUGGACAGCGCCUCACCGGUGUACCAGGCCGUGAUCAAGAACCAGAGCAAGCCUGAGGACGAGGCUGAUGAGUGGGCCCGCCGCUCCUCCAACCUGCAGUCUCGCUCCUUCCGGAUCCUGGCCCAGAUGACAGGGACAGAAUACAUGCAAGACCCUGACGAAGAGGCUCUGCGAAGAUCAAGCACCCCCAUUGAGCAUGCGCCGGUGUGCACCAGUCAGGCCGCCUCCCCGCUGCUGCCCGCUUCUGCCCAGCUGCCUGCUGCCGCCUCUCCCAGCACAGCCUCGCCACCCCCGGCCACAGCUGCUGCCCGAACUGCCACCGCCUCCGCUGCAGUCCCCGGCUUGAGUCCCUCGGACGGCCCAAGGCCCCAGGCCUCCACCUACAGCCCUGCAGCUGCUGCCUCUGCGGCCCCGGCCGCUCACACGAGCUACAGCGAGGGCCCGGCCACCCCUGCACCCAAGCCCCGUGUAGUCACCACGGCCAGCAUCCGGCCUUCUGUCUACCAGCCAGGUGAGUGGAGGGGCGGCAGGGUGACGACAUGUCCUGGGGGUGCCUCACAGGGGCUCAGGUUCAUCCAGGCCCUCUGCUAUGCUGGCCAGGUGGGGCCCGAGCCCCAUGCCAGCAGUGGUGGCAGCCGGGCAAACCCCUUCCCCUGGCAGCACCUACUGAUCGGCCCAGGGCUCGCCAGCCGGUACAUGCCCAGCCCUGCCCCCACCUACACCCCUUCCCCUGCUCCUGCCUACACUCCGUCCCCUGCUCCCAACUAUAACCCUGCACCCUCGCCGGCCUACAGCGGGGGCCCAGCGGAGUCUGCCAGCCGCCCACCUUGGGUGACAGAUGACAACUUUUCUCAGAAGUUCGCCCCCAGCAAGAGUACCACAUCUAUCAGCAAGCAGACCCUGCCCCGGGGAGCCCCAGGCUACACUCCAGCAACUCCUCCAGCCCCGGCCAGGGGCACAGUGCAGAGAGCGGAGCGCUUCCCAGCCAGUAGCCGAACUCCACUGUGUGGCCACUGCAACAGUGUCAUCCGGGGCCCUUUUCUGGUGGCCAUGGGCCGCUCCUGGCACCCAGAGGAGUUCAACUGUGCCUACUGCAAGACCUCACUGGCAGACGUGUGCUUCGUGGAAGAGCAGAACAAUGUGUACUGCGAGCGGUGCUACGAGCAAUUCUUCGCCCCGCUGUGCGCCAAGUGCAACGCCAAGAUCAUGGGGGAAGUGAUGCAUGCUCUGAGACAGACGUGGCACACCACCUGCUUCGUGUGCGCGGCCUGCAAGAAGCCUUUCGGGAACAGCCUCUUCCACAUGGAGGACGGGGAGCCCUACUGCGAGAAAGACUACGUCAACCUGUUCAGCACCAAGUGUCAUGGCUGCGAUUUCCCUGUGGAGGCGGGGGACAAGUUCAUCGAAGCCCUGGGGCACACCUGGCAUGACACCUGCUUCAUAUGUGCGGUCUGCCAUGUGAAUCUGGAGGGACAGCCGUUCUACUCCAAGAAGGACAAGCCCUUGUGCAAGAAGCAUGCGCAUGCCAUCAAUGUGUAGGCCCAGGCGUAAGGCAUGGGCGAGGCCUGGCCACUCUACUACUGGCAACCCAGGGGUUGAGGUGGCGAUGUUUCUUUUGGGGGGCUGAAGGGUGGCAAGGGGGCCCUGUUGAGUAUCAUUUUAGCCUCUGCUCUGUCCCAAGGCCAUAUAUUUGCCUAGUUCAGACUAGAAGCCAAGUUCAGCUUCUAAACCCUGCUCGCAAUUCACCCAGGCCGGCAUCUGCACUUCUGUCACUUAGGGCAGGACUGCAGGAAGUCCCGAGCCAAAGCAGCUUUCCCAGGGCUGUGCUGCCCGUGUCCCCAGGGUAGAGACAGAGCCCAGAGGGCGCAGCGCCCUACGCCUUGUGCAGGGCACUUCGAGCUGCUCCUGCAAACAAAACGCGGUGCCAAACAGUACUCCCGCCGCUGGGUAUUUUUAGAGCUGCAACUGAGAGCUGGCUAGCUGAGACCCCGGCAGGCUUUCCUCACCAAAAAAGGAAGUGGUAUUCUGCUUGCUUGGAGUGUCCUGCGGCCACCUCUGCGAAGACUGCGGGAACAACCUCAGCUGUCCCUGGGGCCAGGAGUCCGCGGCAAUGUCUCUGGGAGCCUCUGAGCUGCUCCUGCCAAGGCUCCUCUGUGCCCCUCUUUCACUUUGAAGCAUCCAGGGUCCCUGGAAGGCUGCUUAGCCCCUCUGUGGCCCUGGUGACAUCUGGCUUUUGUUUUGCUUUCAGAACAUGAGUGUCCCCGCAUGUGUCACCCCCAUCCCACUGAUCACUUUUGCCCUUGUCCUCCUCCCCUCCCCCAAACGGGCUUGAUGGCUUGCAGAGAGAAGAGGGACAGAGUGUGACACAGGACGGCACAGCAGGCCAACACUCCCAAACCUCCCUGUCUGCCAACCUUGCAAGGGGCUGGCGGGACCUUGCCUGCCCAUCCCUUCUGAGAGCCCUUCCAGGACUGCAUACCUGCCUUGUGCAAUCGUGUUCCCUGCUGGCGGGAAAAGGGGGCCGUGUUGGCUGUUUGGGCCAAGAUUUUUGAAAAUAUACAGGCUGACUCGACGUAGCAGCUACUUCCAUACUGAAAUAAACCAGGCCUUCAGCCUUCUCUAGCACAUAGGUGGUAGUUUGGUUAGGUAAGCAAGGUUGGGCUGUAUGGUAAAAAGCAAGAAGCCUUGUUUCCAAGGUUGGGGACAACAUGGUCACUUUCCUUUUAGGAAGCACUGUUACAAAAAUGCCAUUGGGAGUCAGCUGAGGUGGCGCACAUCUGUAAUUCCAGCACUUGGGAGGCUAAGGCAGAAAGAUCACCAUGAGUUUCAGGCCAGCCUGGGCUAGGUAGUAAGUUCAAGGCCAGCCUGAACUACACAGUGAGAUUCUGUUUCAAAAAAACAAGGAAAUGAGGUUAGGGCUGAGGCUGCGACUUCAUGGUACAGCACUUGCCUUGCAUGUACGAGGCCCUGGGAUGGCAAAAGAAAAAUGAAGGAAAGGAAAGAAGAGGAAAACAGCUCCACAGCAGGCAGCCCAUAGGAAAGCUGCUUGCCAGCACAGUAUUCAGGUCCCCUCCAGCUCUCCACUCCUGCUUUGGAUUUCCUCUCUGCACCCUGGAAAUGAUUUCUAGGAAUGCAUUAGAACACUUCCUGCUAAGGACUCCCAGGGCGCUGCACCCUACCUGAGUGUGUCCCUUCUCCCUGAGGGACAGUCCCGAGCCAGAAACCCGUGUUACUGUUGUUUUUGGAAAGUUCAAAUAUACAGGGAUAAGGAGCCUGCUGAUGACACAGAAAGUUUCUACACAGGUUCCCCGCCUCCCCCGCCCCGCCAAAAAAGGAAUAUAUUAAGUGAUCAAGGACUGGUCUCGAGGGGGAAAAAAAGUUUUCUCAAGUUAAGUGUCUAAAAUCUCUUUCUGAAGGAUUUAUGUGCUUGUACACACAUAGGAUCAUUAAAUCACCUUAAGAAGGAAAAGGAAAUAUCUUAAAGGAAAGCUUCACUCAGCCAGGCAGGGUGACCCGUGCCUGUAAUCCCAGCACUGGGGCGGGGGUGCUGAGGCAGGAAGAUCGCUGUGAGUUUGAGGCCAGCCUGGAAAGCAGAAUGAGACCUUCGUUUCAAAAAAAGGAAAGCUUCACUGUAGUCCUCUGUUGGAUGGAGUUUUUCACCUCUCAGAGCCUGGGGAGAUGCAGAAGGACUCUUACGUUUUAGGGGUUUGGGGUUUAUUUAGCCCAGUGGUACUUCCCUAGCAUAUGCAAGGCCCUAGGUUUGAGCCUCAGCCUUGCAAAAGAAAGACAAAAACAACAAAACCAGUUUAAGAGUAGCAGAAAAAGGAGGAAGUUUGAAGUGUGGAUCCCGUGGUUCCUGUGCAUCUGGCGUAGUGUUGGGAUCAAGGCUGGAUGGGGUUCCAGUUCACAUCACUGGGAUCCUGCAACCUCCAGGUUGUAAUGGUUCAUGGUGAGGGGCACACUUUGGCUCUGCAGCUCUGCAUCUCCUUGCUGGCAGGAACGUGGAUAAACAUGAAUUUAUUGCCACUGAGUGACUUGUAUCUGCAGUGUUCAUGUCAGGAAUCUAGCCUUUAGGAUGUUUACUUCCCAACCCACGUGUUCUUGCCUUGGUGUUUUCGGGGGGCUGAGAUUUCAGAAGUGGAAUGUAGUGUGUUAGAGGUCUGCACAAAGCUAUUUUGCAUGUUUGCCCCCUUUGGCUUGUGUGAAUUCUACUUUUUAGUAAAAAUAAAACUCAAAAAGGAUGUGCAAAUACACACUUUCUGUGUAAAGUAUUUUCAUGUGACAGCAGAGGUAGCUACUUCUAGACAGCCACAAAUAAAAAUUGGAGCCAAAACUAAACGUCUCAGGAAGAAGAAAUGCAGUUCACUUGCCAUUGCUCAACAGCAGUGUUUAAACACAGAUGUGUGAGUAAUACAAAUGUUUUACAUACAAAGGAAUUUCCAGGUAUAUAAUAAAGUGAAGACCAGGAGUUUGCUUGUAUUUUGGAAAGGUUUAUUUAGCUACUUGGUGGCCAAAUAUUUCAGUUUCAUUUAUUUUUAUUUUGCUCUUAACAGCUUCAUAUCUAGAAAAGGUGCUGUAUCUCCUUUCAUUUGUUUCCAAAUAAACUCAUAGUAAAUCCUCUUGUA